GGACCCGCCCAGUUCCGGCCUGCUGAUUCCAGGCGCCCAGUGACAGGAGGACCGAGGCCUGCUGCUGCUUACAACUGCUGGGGCCUUUUCAUUGUAAACGAUCGCGCUCCCCCUUCGCCCGUUUCUCCCGCUCUCGGCGGUGGCGGUGGUUCGUGUCAAGGCGUGAAGAUGCCGGCGGUGUCCAAAGGCGAUGGGAUGAGGGGGUUGGCGGUGUUUAUCUCGGACAUUAGGAACUGUAAAAGCAAAGAAGCAGAAAUUAAACGAAUAAAUAAGGAGCUGGCAAACAUCCGAUCAAAGUUCAAAGGUGACAAGGCACUGGAUGGUUACAGUAAGAAGAAGUAUGUUUGCAAACUACUCUUCAUCUUCCUGCUUGGUCAUGACAUUGACUUUGGCCAUAUGGAGGCCGUGAACCUGCUUAGUUCCAAUAAAUAUACAGAGAAGCAGAUUGGUUACCUUUUCAUCUCUGUGCUGGUGAACUCCAACAGUGAGCUUAUUCGUCUGAUUAACAAUGCCAUUAAGAAUGACUUGGCCAGUCGCAAUCCCAUCUUCAUGUGUCUCGCUCUGCACUGCAUUGCAAAUGUUGGCAGUAGGGAAAUGGCAGAGGCAUUUGCUUCAGAGAUUCCCAAAAUCCUGGUAGCUGGUGAUACUAUGGACAGUGUGAAACAGAGUGCUGCCUUAUGUCUGCUGCGUCUGUACAAGACUUCUCCAGACCUGGUGCCCAUGGGCGAGUGGACAUCCCGAGUGGUUCAUCUGCUAAACGACCAGCAUCUGGGGGUUGUGACUGCAGCUACCAGUCUCAUCACUUGCCUGAGCAAGAAGAACCCUGAUGAAUUCAAGACUUGUGUUUCAUUGGCUGUUUCCAGACUUAGUCGGAUUGUGUCAUCUGCCUCCACUGACCUUCAGGAUUACACGUAUUACUUUGUUCCAGCACCCUGGCUCUCUGUCAAGCUGCUACGACUCCUGCAGUGCUAUCCUCCACCAGAGGACACUGCUGUUAAGGGUCGCCUGAUUGAAUGUAUGGAGACUAUCCUCAAUAAAGCACAGGAACCACCCAAAUCCAAGAAGGUACAACACUCCAAUGCUAAGAACGCAAUUCUUUUUGAAGCAAUCAGCCUUAUUAUACAUUACGACAGCGAGCCAAACCUGUUGGUGCGGGCAUGUAACCAGCUAGGUCAGUUCCUGCAACACCGUGAGACUAACUUGCGAUACCUAGCUCUGGAAAGCAUGUGUCUGCUGGCGGGCUCUGAAUUCUCACACGAAGCUGUCAAGACCCACAUCGAAACAGUCAUCAAUGCACUGAAGACGGAGAGGGAUGUGAGUGUUCGCCAACGAGCUGCAGACCUCCUAUAUGCCAUGUGUGACCGAACUAAUGCCCCACAAAUAGUGGCGGAAAUGUUGAGCUAUUUGGAAACGGCUGAUUAUUCCAUUCGUGAAGAGAUUGUCUUGAAGGUGGCCAUUCUAGCAGAGAAGUAUGCAGUGGAUUACACGUGGUAUGUGGAUACGAUUCUGAACCUCAUCCGCAUUGCAGGGGACUAUGUCAGCGAGGAAGUAUGGUACCGAGUCAUUCAGAUCGUUAUUAACCGUGAUGAUGUCCAAGGUUAUGCAGCAAAGACUGUGUUCGAGGCACUCCAGGCCCCAGCCUGUCAUGAGAACAUGGUGAAAGUGGGUGGAUACAUCUUGGGAGAAUUUGGGAAUCUCAUUGCAGGUGAUCCACGAUCCAGUCCCUUGGUUCAGUUCAACUUGCUGCAUUCCAAGUUCCACUUGUGCAGCGUUCCGACCCGUGCUCUGCUGCUCUCCUCUUACAUCAAGUUUGUCAACCUGUUCCCUGAGACCAAGACUACCAUCCAGGAUGUGCUGCGCAGCGACAGCCAACUCCGAAACUCUGAUGUGGAACUCCAGCAGAGGGCUGUGGAGUACCUCAAGCUCAGCUCAAUUGCCAGCACUGAUGUUCUGGCCACUGUCUUGGAAGAGAUGCCCCCAUUCCCUGAAAGGGAGUCCUCCAUCCUCGCAAAGCUGAAGAAAAAGAAGGGACCAGGCACCGUGACGGACAUGGAGGAAGGGAAGAAGGAACAAACUGAGGUCAAUGGUGGUGUUGAGCCUGCCGUCAAUGCCAGUACUGUGUCCACGCCCUCCCCUUCUGCUGACCUCCUGGGUCUGAAGAGUGCUCCUGCCGGUGGAGGCAGCCUGUUGGUAGAUGUGUUUUCUGAUGCAGUGCCCGCAACGGGUGCCUUAGCGCCUGGAUCUGAAGACAACUUCUCCCGAAGCUUGGAUCUGCCGGGUGAGAGCCCUGCAUCGUUGCUGGUGGACGCAACCCUGGGUGCAGACACUGUCACGACUGUGCCUGCUGCUGGCUCUGAGGACCCUGCUUUGCCUGUACCUGAUGCUGAUGAUCUCCUCAACAAGUUUGUCUGCAAAAAUAACGGAGUCCUGUUUGAAAACCAGCUUUUACAGAUUGGAAUAAAGUCAGAAUACAGACAGAAUCUGGGUCGAAUGUACCUGUUCUUUGGAAACAAGACUUCUGUCCAAUUCCUGAACUUCACACUGAAUGUUAGCUGCCCUGGAGAGCUGCAAAAUGAGCUGAAUAUUCAGGCCAAGCCAGUGGAGCCGAUUGUAGAAGGUGGAGCACAGGUUCAGCAAGUGAUUAACAUCGAAUGUUUGUCAGAUUUCACUGAGGCCCCCCUGCUGAACAUUCAGUUCAGAUAUGGUGGAACCGUGCAAAAUAUCACCCUAAAGCUGCCCAUAACCGUCAACAAGUUUUUCCAACCAACGGAGAUGGCAUCUGAAGACUUCUUCCAGCGUUGGAAACAGCUCAGCAGUCCCCAGCAGGAAGCACAGAAGAUCUUUAAAGCUAAUCACCCUAUGGACACUGAGGUCACCAAGGCUAAGUUAAUAGGAUUUGGCUCCGCUCUGCUCCAGGAUGUCGACCCCAAUCGUGACAACUUUGUUGGCGCAGGAGUCAUUCACACAAAAUCCAUCCAGGUUGGCUGUUUGUUGAGGCUGGAACCCAACAGUCAGGCACAGAUGUAUCGCCUCACACUACGCACAAGCAAGGAGGCUGUGUCGAAGCGACUAUGUGCAUUACUGUCUCAACAGUUCUGAAGCCUCAACAUCACUACUUUCUUUGGUUCCGAGUCUGGGAAGUCUGUGUCCAUGAGCCAGCUCCUCAGCGUCUACACUUCUCAAGCCAGCUUCCCCAUCUUGUGCAGACCCAGCUCUUCAUGGAUUUUACAAGGAACCGGAUUUGGCAUCAUAAAUCGAGAGGAAAAGCAGCCUAAACUGCUUCUGUCUCCUGCAUUCAAAAGUUCAAAAUUUCUCUUUUUGUUUCCCCCCCCCCCCUCCUCCCCCAACCCCCUGCCCUCUCCAGCACUCUGCUUCACUCAAAACGUCCUUCAAUUUUGAAUGUGUCAUCUGUCUAUUUGGGAUCAGCUUGCUUGUUAAUCCCCACCUGUUUCUUUUACCCACUACCCCUAUAACUACUGCUCUGGGAGUUGUCUUAUAAAUGGUGUGCUUACCCCAGGUUUAGUGUAACCCUUCCUCGUUUUUGUUCAGGAGAAUCCCAUCUGCCUAACGCCUGUAUAUAGAACUAACCCAAGUGACUGGAUAACAGGGCAGUGGGGCUUCUUUGCUGAGCUCUAUAAAAUAGAGAGAGCCUAACCAGUUUCAAAGGCUGAUUUUUAACAAGAGCAAAACCGCUGGUAAAUUGAGGGGGGAGAGGGCAGCCAAAUUGAAUUUUCAGUGGCAGCAAUGAGUCGGACCAUUUUAACAAAUGGAGUUGCUGUAGCCUCAAUGAAAUGCGCGAGUCAAAAUGUAACCUUGGAAAAGGAAACAAAAAUACAAGAGAACAAAAGAAUGUGAA